UACAGCACAGGGCCAGACGGCAGGCCUUCUCCCGCCGCUAGAAAAUACCCCAGUGAGGCACCGAAAACAGGGAGACAGACGGGUAAGCGAUCAGGCGAACCGCCCGGCUAAAAUGAGCCAGCCUGCAGGCAACCGGGUGGGAACAAAGGGAAAGACCCGUGCAGAACCGCGAUUGGGGGGCAGACACCCGAUCAAAACGUUUCCGGAGCGUGACAAUGGUUCAGAGAAAAUGAAAGGUGCAACAAAGCACUUGAGGGAAUCUGACAGAGUUUGUAAGGAGCAGCAAGCCGUGAAAAGGCCCAGCGGGGUUCUCAAAGAACAGCGUCACGUGUCAAAAGAGCUGGCUGAAAGGAGGCCGAACGAUCCGACUCCGGCGGACCGCAAGGAGCCGGCGCCCAAACACGAGGCGGCAGUGAGGAAAGAAGAAAAGGCUGUGUGUCGCGACGACCAGCGGCAGGAUCUCCCCGACGGUGACCUAAGAAAGAUCCGGAGUAGCCCGGACACCCCGUGGCUCAGCGACGAUGACCUCCAGAAGAUGGAGCUCCUUGCCUCUGGAGAGGUGGUCAGCAAAGCCAGGGUCCCCGCUCAUGGGCAGGUCCUCCAAGCAGCCCUGGAUCCCGGUAGCUUCCAGAAGCAGAACGGUGCAAAGACAUCCAGCCGAGAACUCAAUAAGCACCAGACUACCCAGCAUGCACUGCCGCGGCGGGUAGCUCCAGAGAACCACAGCGAGCGCUGCCGUCGGGGGGGCUGUUCCCUGCUGAAGCGCCCUGACGACUGGUACGAGGUGCUGGCCUUCCACCUGGACCGCGUGCUGGGACUGAACAGGGCCCUGCCCGCCGUGCUCAGGACCUUCCCACAAAGCGACGUGUUACCCUACAGGUACACCAACGGCGCCCCUAGACCCGUGGUCUGGUGGGACCCCAACAUCCAGCACCUGGACGACCGGGACAACGACCAGAACUCGGUACCCCUCAGCUGGCUGCAGUACCAAGAGCUGCUCAGAAUGCAUUGUGGGAAGGAGGCGGAGCUGACCGCUGCGCCCUGCGUGGGGGUGAACCACUCGGAGUGGGGGAGGCUGGCCCUCUUUGACUUCCUGCUCCAGGUGAACGACAGGCUUGACCGCUGCUGCUGUGGCUUCAGACCGGACCCGGAGGAGUCCUGCGUGGAGAACCUCCUGUACGCCAAGUGUCGUAACGACAAGGAGCUGGUGCUGGUGCACAUCCUGGUGAGGAAGACGGAUCCUUCCAGAAUGGUGUUCAUAGACAACGCAGGAAGACCCCACCAGCCCGCAGACAACCUUAACUUCCGGCUGGUUGAAGGUAUAGAUGAGUACCCGGAACAGGCGGUGUCGCUGCUCCGGUCCGGCUGCCUGGAAGGCCGGCUGCUGCGGUCCCUGUACUCGGACCGGGAGUUCUGGGAGGGCCAUGGCGGGGCCCCCGGGCUCCGGCCCUUGGUCCGCACCUUGGAGCAGCGGGGGCGGAUCCUCCUGGAACACAUCAGGGACCGGAGGCUCCGACUCAACAGGGAUCUGUGAUGCCCCCCCCCCAACCCCUGCCCCUUACACUGUCGAACUUUUCACAGCAAAAUUACAGUCAAGUACUGGCAGCAGUUUCGCCAGUAAGGUACCGUUUAUUUACAGUAGUUUACAGUACUACUGUAUCCUAUAAAUACAGUAGUUUUACUGUAAUAUAACCGUGGCAUUCUGCAUGUUGCUGUAAUCUCAUUACUGCAAUAUAAUGCAUGCAUCAUUACUGGCAUCAUUUCGCCAUUACAUUACUGUAAAUUGACAUCAAAGUGUCACAGUGUAGUCCCUGGCUGCCUCGCCCUAGCAUUACCUAGCCUGACCCUAAACCCAGAUGGUGCCAUGCUGGAAGAAAGUGCCACGAAAAAAGGAAAGAAAACACAUGCCGCACACGUUUAGUUGACACGCUACGCUGUUACACUUUUUUGGGGGGGAUUUUUUUAAGCAAAAGAAAGGCAGUGGAGUAAAGAAAGUGGUCCACGCCUGAAGUUAAAAUGCUGCAGGCAAAAAUACAGGGGAUGUUAGCUAGGGUGAUGUGCUUUUCUCUAAAGCAGUUGAAUAAGAACUCUCUCUGAGCACGUUUGUUAAUGGCAAAGACAGAAGGGACUGGAAUGGGAGCAGAGAAACAAGGGACUUUUUAAGGGAACGCCUGUUUGCUUUACGGUCACUGUCUGAAAGACUCAUGAGCAAGGGGCUCCACCUUCAAAAUAUCCUUCAGGUCAAGUCUUUUUAAUUUAGGUAUGUAUAUGUAGAGAUAUAUAUAUAUAUAUAAAAUAGCUUAUAAGCUGUCCCUUUCUGCAGUGCAGAACUGUACUCUGUACAAAAGAAAACAUUACAUUUGCUAGUCCAAAACUAACAAGUAGAAAUUCUCUAUAAAUGAUUAUAUUUAUGAGCAGCCAGUCUGUUUGUAAGCUUUCUCUUUGCUUAGCUGCAUUAGUCCCUUAUUGUGGCCCAUUCUAAAAGCACUCACUACUGCUC